CGGUUACGCGCGGCGUGCAUACGUGCCGAAACGCAAAUACGCGAUCUUGAGAAUAGACGGGCGCGAAUUGUGUUCUCCGGCAUGAGGAAGAUGGGCGUGGAAUCUGAAAUGAAAAUGCGGAAUUUUUCCGCAAGGAAACCACGCGCGACGAAUCGCGCUCGCUCGCUCGCUCGCUCGCUCGUUCGCUCGCUCGCGCGCGAGUGAGCGCGGGAGCUUGAUUAUCCUCGCAGCGCACGCUAGUCGGAUACGAUCAAUUAUUUUCAAUAAUGCGCGUGUGCGUCGGUGCGCGUUAAAAAGCGCGACAGAGCCCGAUGCCCGAAAGGGGUUAUCUCUCCUUUGAUUAUACCGAUGCGGUCCACCUUCUCUCUCUCCCUCUCCCUCUCGUCCCGUCUCUCGCUCUCCCUCUCAGACGUGUAACACCCUUGAGUUAAGGGGUUAUCGGCUCUUGUCUACAUUUGUGCAUUUUGCCGACAAUUGCACAGCUUGCUCCUAUAAAAGCCGGAGUGCCUUGCGUACGCCACCAGUCUUGCUUCAGGGGCCAUGCUAUGAUGAAUGCCUUUAACGCAUUGUUGCUGUGUCUGACGGCCGCGUGUGCGGUGCCAGUGCACUUCCCUAUUGAGAAAACUUUGAUUUACAAGUACCAUGCCGACGUGAAAGCCGGAAUUAUCGAGCCGGCGCAAUAUGCCUCGCAGUUCGCUCUCUCCGGACAGCUUCACAUAAAGAAGGACGUCAGCGAUUCGACUUUGAACAAUGCCUACUAUGUCAAACUGCAAGACGUGAAAUACGGCAUGCACAAUGGCAUGGCCGUGGAUCACCAACCGGUCGAAGUGGUUCAUGAGCUCGAUGAGACCGCGCAGCAGAUCCACGACCCGUUCUUGAUCGUCUACGACGACGAGAACGGCAAGUUCCAGGGCAUCAAAGUGCCGGAGACCGAGAGCGGAUGGUCACGGAACAUCAAGCAGGGUAUCGCCUCGAUGCUGCAGCUCGACCUGUCGCAGGUCCAACUGCAAACCCCGAUGAAGAAGCACGCUUUCGUCACGACCGAGAACACCAUCCAUGGCACCUGCCGCGUCGCCUACGAUGUGCACCCGGUGCAAUCGGGAACCACCAACGUCUUCGUGGUCACAAAACUGCACGAUCUCAAAAACUGCAGCCAUUUCGUUCAGCGUGUUUUCGACCAUGACGAGUGCGAGAAAUGCCACGUGGAGUCGGUAGACGACAUGUCCGCCGCCGUUAGGAGAGUCUUCCAGAUGGAGCAACAGGAUGAUGGAAUUCUCAUCAAGCACUUGGCCGCCCACUCGGUCAUCAAUUACCUCCCCUACAACGCUCGAUCUGAAGCUCAUCAGCUCUUGACCAACACUACCUUGAGUUUGGAAAAUGUGGUGCCGACGACCGAGACCCACUUGCCGGUCGUAAAUUUCCAGAGCGUGCCUUUGGUGCGUGAUGUGACCUUUAACAAGCCCAUAAGAAAUUACGCUAUUCAUGCCGCGGAGGAUCUCACUCACGGUCGACAUAUCGUCAAACUGGAUAUGCUGAUCCCCAAACUCAAGAAGAUGUUGGCCGAAGCCGCCGAUUACCUCGACGAGAAUCACUUGGAGGCUAAAGAACCCGACUGGAAGCACGGACAAACCAUCAACCGACUGCAGCAUACCAUGAGCUACAUGGACUUGGGUUCGUUGGAGCAGGUCUUCAAUACCAUUCAAGAUCCGAAGACUCCUAAGGAAGUCACGAUAAAGAACAUCUUCCUGCAAAUGAUCCCGACCGCCGGCACCACCGCCGCUUGCCACUUCACACGAAACGUCAUUCGCAAGCACAAGGUGACCGACGUAACCGCCGUAAAGAUGCUGGCGAAGCUGCCGAUGUACGUAAAAGUACCGUCCGAGAGAUUGCUCUUGGAAAUGGAAGAUCUGUUGAAACUGGACAACAUAGUGUCGCCGCAAAUCCACAAGGCCAGCAUCCUCUGCUUCUCUACUCUGAUUCACAAGACGUUCAUGCACCAAUUCAACGAAAUCGUCAAUCCUCUGCUUAGCAGAUACCUUCAGCGUUUCUUUGACCAUGUGAAAAACGACCAAUCGUACGAGAUGAAGAUAGUCUAUCUAAUGGCGAUCAAGAACGUCCAAGUGGGCAACAUCGAGAAGCUUUUGGAGCCGAUUAUCCGCGGCGACAUCAUGGUGUCCGAGCAUCCGCACCACAUUCGUGUACAGGCGAUCUGGGCCAUCAAGAAGGCCGUCGCCGACAAAGUCGAAUACACCCACAACUUGCUCUCGCCUAUCCUCGCUGACAUCACCCAACCACUCACCAUCAGGAUUGCGGCUUAUGACGUGUUGAUCAGCCAGCUACCGAACAUGCAACGAAUGAUGAACAUGCACUGGCUCAUGUCCUACGAGCAGAACAGUCACCUGUACAACUACCACCUCACCACGAUGAAGGGUCUCGCCAACUCCGUGGACCCUUGCCUCAGGCCAAUUCGCGAAAUGGCUAGGAAGAUAAUGCGUUACACGAAGAUCAGGCCGAUCACCACCCCAUUAUCGGCCAAGCACUUCUACGAUUAUGUCGAUCCUGUAUACGAACACGGCAAAUCCUGGACUAAUGCGUUGGUCUUGGAGGAAGUUACUGGUCUGCCGCAAGCAGGAUAUGUAGAGCUUCGCACAUCGGUCGCUCGCAAACCCGUCGAAAAGAUUGGCAUCUACUGGAGCGCCCAAGGCGUCGACGAGAUCAUGAAGAUCCUGAAGAAAGAGUUGCUGGGCGGCAAGAUCGAGAAUCUCACCAACAGGAAUGUGCAGAACAUCCUGAACCGCGCCGCGCACGACAUGCCCGUUAAGAAGAACAUCCACGUCGACAUCUGCAUCACGCUGCACGGUCACGUGAUCAUUGCUAACCACUACGACCGCACUCACAUCAGCAAGUUGCCAGAGGAACUACUGCACGCCGUGAAACAGGCCGUCGGCAACCUCCAAUAUAUCGACUACGAUACCCUCUUCGAGAUGCAGGUACCUACUGACAUGGGUCUGCAGGCGGUCUUCAGCACUAAGAUGCCGCACCUGUGGUCGUUGAGGUUCAACAAUGUUCACACCGACACCCAGAACCCGUCCAUCAACAUGAAGUUCGAGGUUGACUCGCGUCUGUGGAGACACGGCGAGUACGUCAUGUCCGUCUACAACCCGAUCGUCGACGUCUGGCACUCGAUACGCAAGUCCACCACCCAGGACGUCGCACUGCCGUUGGAAAUGAGUAUCAGCUACAAUCACGAGGCCAAGAGUAUCAAGAUCAGUAUGCCGAGAUUGCCCGCCACUAAGCUGUCCUACAGUGGAAUGCGAUACCACGCGAAGAACCUGGUAACCAUCACCGAGGACGAGCAGGACGUGCUCAAGAAAUGCUGCUCCAACUGCCAGCAUCAUACGGUCGUCACUACCGGUGAGAAGAAGAUCCAUCACUUUGCCGUAGACUCCAGAGACAUUGGUCUCAAGUAUAUCACGUCGAUCUUCGACUGCGAGAGCGGCGUCACGCCGACCUCCAACGCUAAAGAAUUUGAACGUGCGUUCUCUCCGGAACAUAAGAAUACUGGGAACUUGAAAAGAUUGCAAUAUUUCAUGGGCAUCCAUCAGAAAUUGUACAAUGAUUACAUCUCGCCGGAUAUGGGAAGCUGCGGACGUCUGAUAAAGAUAGAACCGAGCAUCGUCUAUCCCACGUCUCACGUCGAACUGAACCUACGAGUCAACAUGGAUGACGUCGAUCACAUUUACGACAAGAUGCACAUUCUUAACGGCAAGAAGAUCAACAUUCGCGGCACCCUUGACGCUAAAGCGGCCUCCACGAACGCAUCUGUACGCUCAUGGGACGUAAACAUGAAUGUCGACAUGUCUCAAGGACACUUGGUCAACAAUGUCAAGAUUCAAGUGACAAGAGUGACACCAGGAGAGAAGAAACUCAAGAUCUGCGUAGACGCUCAGAAGAACUAUCCGGACACGCAAAUCCCCUACCCGAAAGUCAGUAACAGCAAAGUGGAGACCAACACGAAAAUGACCAUCAGCGCAGGCUACACGGACGAGGACAAAUGCGUUCGCGACGAGAUGCUGAUCAUUAUGACGAUGAAAGGCGAGAUGACGGAGGAGCAGAAGAACCAACUGGCGCAUGACAACGUGCACGGAGCCUGCGUCAAGGACAUGACAAACCCACAGUUCGUAGAGAAGGAGAACCACAUUCCAAAGACCCAGAACUGCAUCCAUGAGACCGUACUGUACACGACCAUGAGGAAGUACACCAUCAACGCAUUCUACAAGAAGCUACCUGUGGGAAUAUACUCGUACCUUGCCAUGAUCGACGACCACUUCCGCGCCACCCACUUGUCGCACGUGCAAUACCUCACCGAACGUGUCGAGAGCGGCAACGCGAAGAUCGUCAUCGAAUUUCCUUCUGAUAUGAACUACAUCAAUGCAACCGUCAUCACUCCGGUUAAUGGAUACGAAUACAUCCAGAUUCCGCUGCAUCCCCAACACGAAGCCCUCUUCGAGGGCGUGUUGAUGGAAAAACCGGCACAUUCGGGCUGGCAUUAUGUCACGGACAACACUCAUUUCUCUGCGCCCGUCUUGAACAAAGUGACGCAAGAACUGAUCAAAAUUUGCACCGUCUACCCGCAGGUCUUGAUUACCUUGGACAACGGCUUGAUUCCAUUCACGGUGCCUGACCAGUGGACCCUUGUGUCCGGCGAUCACGUCGACCAGACGUACGCUGUCUUCAUAAAAAACGUACAACCUAACACGAUCGCUGUGAAGGUUUACGUCGCUGGUCAUGAGAUAGAGAUCAUACCGUCCAGCCCGAGUCAUAUUGUUACCGUCGACGGCAACAUGAUCGACCAAUACGAGAAGGGAGUGAUGGUGCCUGAGGACGAAUCGAAGUCUUACGCGUUCAAGCUCACCGUGCACAACGAGCACCUUGUGGUCCAGUCGCAGCGCGUACCGGUGAUGGUACUGUGGACUCCCAACAGCGUGAGCGUGAUGGUGGAGACCGUGCUGCAGGGUCACGUGACCGGCGUAUGCGGACACAUGGACGAUACGCACAAAGAGAGAAUGCCCAAGAUUUAUACUGGCACGCAUCUUUAAAUCCUAAUUGAAUCGCACGCGGAGCCCAUUUUUCCGUUUUUUAGGACGGUCUAUAGGAAGUCCUAUAUAUAUACUAAUACUAAUACUAAUUUUCUGAGUUUGCCGACGUAACUCUCCGCAAACGCAAAUCUCUGUUCGAUAACUAGAAACACAGCCAAACGGCAAUGUAGAAGAAGCAAAAAGAGAAAUAACAUACAAUAAAUCUUUAUUUUUUAAUUUAUA